AUGCUUCAGACAUUAGACCAUGUAGGAUUGGAAGAAUGUAGUGCCGAUGAGGUACAGUUGCACAAAGAGGUGGAACAUUUACGGCAACACCUCGCUGACAGGGAUGAACAAUUUGUAUCUCUAGAGACCGAGUACUUCAAAUGUACGUCUAGAGUUAAUGAUUUGGAAGAACAGGUUGCUACCUGGACUGAGAAGUAUGAAAGAUUAUAUGAUUCACAUAAAAGGGUACAGAAGUUGAAUCAGGUUCUUGAGGAUAAAUUGCUUCAAAUGGUCGACAAAAUGAAAAGUGAGAAAAGUCAAUUGACAAAAGAUAUAGCAACGCUAUCAGUGAGAUUGGCCGAAUCUAAACAUAAUUACAGCAUGCUGCAAAAAGAAAAUGAGAGAUACAAAAAUGAUAUGAAUCUUGCGAUACAGUUGUUGCAGUGCAAACCGGACAACUUUGUAUCACAAAAACUUGAUAAUCUUCCUAUUGACACACAAGCGAGGGUGUCACAGUAUGUGAUGUCUAAAGCACCUAAACCUGUAAAUCAAACCAAAAAUAGCAACGAUCUCGAUACAUUUGAUGCUAGCGAAUAUGAAUUCAAUAUAUCAGCAUCGCUCAUGUCGAAAAUACUUGAAGACAGUAUUCAAGAUUCGGUCACAAAACAUUGUGAUACUUGCACUUGCUCGAAAUCUCAGAAUAAGCCGUUCUGUUACAAUGAAAGUUAUUACACAGUAUCCACACAAACUAUACAAAGUGGUGAUUUAAGUAACACACUGUGUUUGAACUGUAACGCUGAAAUAAAGUCGCUACAUUCAGCUUUGAGCAUAAGAAGCAACACACCGCCAGCUAUAAGGCAUGUUAAUGAGAAGAUUGUUAAUGAAAAGCCAGCCUAUAACCCCGGGUAUAUUAUCCCUCAGCUUACAGUAAAGCCGGAUAUACGAGACCCGGCUAUAAAGAAACCAAAUAACAUAAUAAAUGACGCGAUCAAAAACGAAGGCAUGACAAAACUAGACGUGAACAGAAAGAAUGAUAUUCUAUAUAAAGUCGAAGAUGAUUUUAAAAUUCGUACCAACAGUGUUACAACCGAACCGGCUGUUCAUCAUAAACUUUGCGAUCGUACUAAAACCUCAAUAUCUAGUAUCAAAAGUAGCAUCCAAAGUGUAGGCAAUGAAGAUUUGCUAGUUAGGGACGUGUCCAAUUCUAAGGAAACAAACAAUAAGAUUCCAAUAGAUAUGAAUUUGAAGAAAAGCUCUCAUGGUUCUAUGGGAGCUGGUAGUGUUACGUCAUCUGUAGCCAAAUCUACAGUUAGUACGCACAAGUCAAAUACCCAUGUAGGUCCGGGGCCAAGAUUCUGUCAUUUACGUAUGCAAGCUGGAUCUAAAAAUAUUUUGUUGGACAACGCCGAACCAGACGUCCCACCAGUUCUUUAUCGACGUCAGAGCAAAUGUAACGAUAAUUCACUGUUCAAAGAUCUCAACGAUCUCAAUGAAUUAGAUAAUUUUAUAGACUUAGAAAAGAACGACGAAGAAACUAAGAGGAUCCUGAAAAAUGAUAAUAUAGUGGUCGAAAGUACUCUCAUUGAUGUCCAUGUGGAUAAUAAUAAUAAAGAAUCCAACGCGUCCGUGAAAAGCACUCCAAUAAAUCCAGUGCUGCUAAAUGUUUCUUCCUCGCCGUUGCAACCGCAAAAGACUCACAACUUCUCAAAUACUUCCGAAAACAAAAACACCUCGCAGAUAGGCAGCCAAAAUAACACUUCCGAUAUUGAUCUACUCAAUGAUUUCAACGUAGAAAAUAGCUUUUCACAAAACAACAAUAGCAGUAGUGAAACCACUACAAAACCAGACUUCUUAUCGCCCACCGACAACAAGGACAUCAAAAUUUUCAAUUUCGAUAAAUACGAACAGAGCAAAGUUACGGGAUCGUUUCCAAGGACUCUAAAUAAAAUCGAAAUGUCCCAACUGCAUUCCAUUGAGAAUACUAAAAUAUCCAAAGAUUUCCCACCGAUCGAUGGAGAAUUGGAGAAAAAUGAAACUGUCAAAUCAUCAACUAUACAGAAUAUUGUCAACGUUUAUCCGAAUUUGACACAAACACAUUUGAAGGCUAACGACAGUAAGAAAGCGUUUACAAAUGAACAAAGCACAAGCUCACUUUCAAGCGACGACAGCGCUGCGCUGUUACAAAAACAACAAUUAUUGAGAGUCGCUGAAUGGGUUGAGAAGAAUUUAGAGCAACAGAACAAUCUUAACGAUCCUUUAGAAGAUGAUUGCUCGUUGGCAAAUCGCAUGUUAAGAAGGGAGAGUAAAAUAAACCGAUUGACAGAAACUUUGAAUGAAUUGGCGUUGAACAUGCCUCAUCCAGUCACUAAGUUCGCGAAGUCCUUUUCACGAGAACCGCGUAACAAUUGGGCUCAUAACGCAGCAAGUCAAAGCUUGAACCAAGAAAAAACAAAUAAAAAUAACACCACCAAUACUAAAAUCGUCAAUAAAUUGGUGAAGGAGACAAUUUUUCCGGUAGAAGUAGGCGACGAAACCGUCACAGAAAUAAGUGAAAACACGCAGAAUAACCACGAAAUAUCCAUAGACGUGGGCAAAGAACUACGCGAUGUUUUAAAGACUAAGGGCGAAAAGGAAAUAUCUCCUGAAGAUUUGGCUCGAAUGGAGUACAAUGUAAAGAAAUUCCUCCUAAGUGGACCCUGUUGGGUUAACAACGCUUCGUCGGGACGCAGUCGACGCACAAGCAGCAAAACUGAGACUGAUGUAUAA